UAUCAAAACUUCAGACCAAUGAGCCUUCGGACUAGCAUGGACAAAAUUACGUAAUUAUGUCCAAGGGACUAGCAACAGUAGCGACUGUGGCGAGACUCUGUUUUGUAUCAUAUGCAAGACGAGCCUGUUCUGCCGGGUUUGGCGUGACUCCAACGAGCCGACAAGAGACUGUCCCUCUCAAACUGUUCUCAUAAUACAUGUGCUGAAGCCGUAUAAACACACUGUUUGGAGAGAAGGAAAAGUCACUGGUUGGAACUACCUAACUACAUGAUCAUGAGCGCAGUGGUGACAAAUUACUUAAGGGAACAUCUACCUUAUAGCACUGGCGUCUUAAUAGUAGUCAUUACGGUUGUGGUGCUGCGUUCGAUUUUGAUGAAAUUUGUGGGAAUUCCAACUUUAAAGAAAGACUUCCUAUCGCACACAGAAGAUGUCGACCCAACGGUCUCCAACGGGGAAGAUGCAGGUGACUCGAUACACAACGAUCACGGUGGUGACGAUGACGCUCCACGGGUGGCUUUCAACCCCCAGUGUUACCCCAAGUCACAGAUGAUUGAGCGAGCUCGGAGGUUUUACGAAAAUAUGAACGCUCGGAGGUCCGUGCGGAGUUUAAGUUCUGAGCCCGUCCCUUUGGAUGUGAUACAAAAUAUCAUUCGAACUGCAGGAACAUCUCCUAGCGGCGCCCACACAGAGCCCUGGACAUUUGUAGUGGUUAGUAACAAGGGGAUAAAAGCUCAAAUCCGGCAAAUCGUGGAGGCGGAAGAGGAGAUAAAUUAUAGGAAACGCAUGGGAAAUAAAUGGGUGGAGGACUUGAAAAAGUUAAAGGUCAACUGGGAGAAACCUUACCUGGAUGUGGCCCCAUAUCUUAUUAUAGUGCUGAGACAGGCUUACGGCCUCGGUGAGAACGGAGAGAGGAAAACCCACUAUUACAACGAGAUCAGCGUGUCCAUCGCGGUGGGGCUGCUGCUCGCGGCCGUUCAGAACGCUGGUCUUGUGACAGUGACCACUACCCCAAUGAACGCUGGACCUGCACUGCGCACGCUGCUGGGACGCCCCGUUAAUGAGAAGGUGGUGGUGCUGCUACCAGUAGGGUAUCCGGCAAAGGACGCCACCGUUCCAGACUUAAAGAGAAAAGAACUAGAUAAAAUUAUGGUACUUUUGGACUAAAUCAUUUUA